UCUUAUUUGCAUUUUGGAAUAAAUUAAUGGAUCUAUGAAGGUGUGCUUCUAUGAUUUGAGGUAUAAAUUUGUCAUUGAAGAUGAAACCACAAUUGGGUUCCUGUCUUAUUUGUAAUUUGAAAAUUUUAAUGGAUGAUAUGAAGGUGGACUUCUGUAAUUGAGGUAGAAACUUGUCAGUGAAGUUGCAACCAGUAUUGGGUCCACUUCUAGAAGAAUUGGAGGAGGCAAAGGAGCGAUUGACAGCAAUGCAAGAGGAGAAAGAUCGCCUUCUCGAUGAGCUCAGAGAGAUGAAGAGGGUCGCUGAGCAGGCGAAUUUCAGGCUGAGUGAAGCCUUGUUGGCUCAAAAAGGACCACAACAAUGUUUGGAGACUCAGAAGACUAAGGCCAAUGAAUUGGAGCAGGCAAGCAUUGCCUCAGCCCAGAAGAGGGAUCAAGCAUGGCAGCUUGAGCUCGAGGCAGUUCAGAAACAACAUUCCAUGGACAUGGCUGCUCAUGUGGAUGCUCUCUCAUCUGCCGGCCAAGAGAUUGAUCGCAUGCGUCAAGAGCUCGUAUUAGCCUUGGAAGCAAAAUAUGCUGCUGUUAAGAUGGCCGAAGAUUCUAGGAAUGUUGCAGAGGCCAAUUCCAGAAGGGUAUCAGAACUCUCUGCAGAGCUCAACUCUGUUAAAGAAUCGCUUGCUAAUUCAAGUGAGCAAUUAGUUAUGAAAGAGGAAGCUAAAGAAGCCAUGAGGAUUGAACUGGAAAAGGCAAAAAACCUAGCUGUAGAAUUGGAGGAAAAAGAAGCCACAAUAAGGAAGCUAAAACAGGAGCUUUCUGAUGGAAAAGAGUCGGAGUCUCGCGUGUUGAAUUGCUUGUCUGAAACUAAGACGAAACUUCAGACACUAGAGGAUGCAAUGGAGAAGGCAAAGGAAUCAGAAUCGAAAAUGUUUCAUUCAUUGACAUCCCAAACAGAACAGCUUGAUCAAACCAGGAAUUUGCUUGACGAAGCUAGGCUAGAGGUGACCUGUCUCAGUGAGAAGAUUGAUAACUUGGAAAAGGCAUCUGGGCAAAGUAGUACAGAUUCUGGAGUAUCUCAUUGCAACUUUGAGACACCAAAUCCCGAUUUACAAUCCAUAGAAGAAACUGUACGGGUUCUUAGGUAUGAGCUCCAAGCUGCAAAAGAGCAAUUGGCCCAUGCCCGAGAAGGAGAAGCACAGGCAUUGUCAAAGGUCCAAAGUUUAACCCAGGAGGUGAACUGGCUGAAAACUGAAAUGAAGUCAGCUACGGAUGCAGAAGUGAAGAGCAUGAAGGCCAUGGAUGACCUAGCAUUAGCGCUUAAAGAAGUCUUAAUGGAGGCCAACUUGAUGAAGGAGAAACUCCUCUCAAAUGAAUCUGAUAGAGAUUGUGCAAAGGAAGAGGUUGAACAAUUGAAACAGACGCUAAAGAGCACAGAGGAGAAAUAUGUAGGGCUCUUAAGUGAAGCGAGGAAGGAAAUCGAACGAAUUAAAGAUGAAUCUGAGAGACUGAAAUUAGAGGUUGAGGAAUCAAACUUGGCUUGGAAUGGAAAAGAGCUUGGGUUUAUUAGCUGUAUAAGAAGAGCUGAGGAGGAGUGCAAUGAUGCAAAACAAGAGAACAAUAGAUUGCUAGAAUCAAUUAGACAGGCUGAGCACAAGACUAGGGUGUCAAGGGAAGAGACAUACAAGUUGCGAGAUAUACUCAAACAAGCCCUGAACGAGGCUAAUGUUGCAAAGGAAGCUGCAGGGAUUGCCCAGGCCGAGAAUUACCAACUCAAGGAUAGCCUUGCUGAGAAGGAUAUUAGUUUACAGUUCCUUACCCGAGAAAAUGAACGCCUUAGAAUCAAUGAAGCUGCAGCUCUUGAGAACAUCAAAGAGUUGAAGAGGUUGCUUUCAACGACAGCAACAGCAUCAGCAGCAACAACAGCAGCGAAAGGACCACCAAUACCUCCACCAAAACCAGCAGGUUUGGGAGCAGAGUGGAGGGAACUGGAGGCAUUCAAGAACAAAGAGAAUAAAGAAGGUAAGAAACCAGCCAAAGUUCUCCAUAUUGAUCUUGAGGAUUUAAGAGUUCCAAAUGGAUACAAGGAAGCAGAUGCGGACUCUGAAAUAGAUGAGACUCUCAAGGGAUCAAUAUUUGAUGUGGACUCACCAGAGCCAAUUGCCCAUCAGGGCAGAACAUCUUCAUCAUUCACUGAUGAAACAGAAACAAUAUACUCUGAAGAUCUUGAUAAUCUAGAUGGGAGCCAGCUUGAUGAUUUGGAUCAUGAUAGAAACGGACAUAGAAAGAAGAGGGCAUUAAUGAGAAGAUUUGGAGAUCUUCUGAAAAGAACAAGCUUCCACAGGAGGGAGGCAACGAUUAGCUAAAUUUUGUUAUUAUAACCAUCCACUCAAUAUUUGGUGUUUAUGACGGUAAAAUUCUGUAACUAUAUAUAUUUGUAGUCUGUUUAGGAGUUUGUUUGAAGAAGAAACUGAUUACCUGUAAAUUAAAAUGUUUGAGUGCACUAACUCGUCUUAGUAAUACAAAGUCUGGCAUCUUUUCCCCUCACAUUUGAGAGGCUUUAUUAGCCAUCGCAUCUUAUUGAAGCUGCAGUUGUCUUUCAC